GGAGGCGGCAGGGGGCGGCGGUGCGGUGCGGUGCGGUGCGGAGCCGCGCGGAGCUGUUUCCGUCCCUCUCUCCGUCUCUUUUUCUCUCUCCGUGGAUGCGCGCAACGGGAGCGCACGUCCUGGAGCGCAGCGCAGCGCUGAGGCACGGAACGGAGCGCUCGGAGCUCGGCGGAGCGCGGUGUCCUCGGCAUGCAAUCCGCUCGGCUGCGCGUCCUCCUGCCGCUGCUCGGCUGCCUCCUAUCCGCGGCAUCCAGCACGCGCCCAGAGUGCAGCAUCAUGCUGGAAAUUGAAGAGGAACGCAGCCAGUGCCUGGCAGAGAUCACUGAGGAUAAUCAGACCUCAGGUUGCAGAAGACAGUGGGACAACAUCACGUGCUGGCCUGAGGCGCAGGUGGGAGCAGUUGUGGUGAAGCCAUGCCCAAAGUACUUCAGGUUCCUCACCACUUUUCUCGGAAAUGUGAGCAGGAAUUGCACAAGUCAGGGCUGGACAGAUGUGUACCCUGCACCGUAUGCUGUUGCUUGUGGAUACGAUUCCAACAGCACACCAGGGGAAGAGCAAACGGCGUUCUAUGGCACGGUCAAGACCGGCUACACCAUUGGACAUACCUUGUCACUCAUUGCUCUCACAGCUGCUAUGAUCAUUUUAUGUCUCUUCAGAAAACUACACUGUACUCGAAAUUAUAUUCAUAUGCACCUCUUCAUGUCCUUUAUAAUGAGAGCCAUUGCAGUCUUCAUAAAAGAUGUCAUCCUAUUUGAAAGUGGAGAACCCGAACAUUGCUUUGUGAGCUCAGUAGGCUGCAAAGCCAUGAUGGUUUUCUUCCAGUACUGCGUCAUGGCCAACUUCUUCUGGCUGCUGGUGGAAGGGUUGUAUCUUCACACCCUGUUGGUCAUCUCCUUCUUUUCAGAGAGGAAGUACUUCUGGUGGUACAUCUUAAUUGGCUGGGGUGCCCCCUCCGUGUUCAUCACCGCUUGGACAGUCGUCAGGAUUUACUUUUUCAAUGUUGGGUGCUGGGAGGAAAUAAUAGAAACCCCAAUCUGGUGGAUCAUUAAAACUCCUAUUUUGGUGUCCAUUUUGGUGAACUUCAUUCUCUUCAUUUGCAUCAUCCGUAUCUUAGUCCAGAAGUUGCAUUCCCCAGAUGUUGGACACAAUGAAACCAGCCAGUAUUCGAGACUGGCCAAGUCCACCUUGCUGCUGAUCCCUCUCUUUGGCAUUCACUACAUCAUGUUUGCUUUCUUCCCUGACAAUUUCAAAGCAGAAGUUAAGCUGGUCUUUGAGCUCGUGGUUGGGUCAUUCCAGGGAUUUGUGGUGGCUGUCCUCUACUGUUUUCUCAAUGGGGAGGUCCAAGCUGAGCUCAAGCGAAAGUGGCGGAGGUGGCACCUGGAGCGGUUUCUGGGCUCAGACAUGAAGUACCACCACCCUUCCUUGGGCAGCAACGGAACCAACUUCAGCACCCAGAUCUCCAUGCUGACCAAGUGCUCACCAAAGACACGCCGGUGCUCCAGCUUCCAGGCAGAAUUCUCCCUGGUGUGAUGGAGAGAGGUUCUCUGAGCACUGAGCAUCCAAGAGAGGGAAGGAUCCCUAGGAAUCAGUGACCUAUGGACAAAUCCUUGUGAAAUGGCAUGCUCCACUUGAGCCAACAGAGGACAAAAAAACUGGAAAAGCCACUGGCAUCCAGAACAAGAUCAGACAAGCUAAGAGGCAGAGAAAUACUUUUCCUCUCCCUCUUUUCAGACCUUUCUCUCUUAGUUGGUGCCGUCGGGGGCUGAUAACUCCGAGUAAAGGUCCAGGUCACUUGAGGAGAGCCUGGGAGAUCCUAAUGUGCUAUAAAUACUGAAUUUUGGGGGUAAGGAAGGGAAGAGCCUGACUUACUGGUGGCAUUCCCAGAACCGGCAUCUCUGAAUCAGAUAAAUUGCACUUUUUUGUUUGUUUGUUUUAAAUGAGCCAGUAAAGGAGAGGGAGGGAGACAAGAAGUGGGGAAAAAUAAAUGCCCAACCUACGAAUGUGCCAAAAGCCCCAUCGCUAAGAAGUGGUGAUAUGGUGCUGGAAGCAGCAAGAAGGGACAGGAAGAACAUGAGCAGGAAGGGGAGAGGCCCACCUGCCACAUAGCCCUGUGCAAAGAAGCUGCAGCACCAGGCAAAGCCCCAGAAGGAUGCCCCGAUGUUGGAGUGUGUUCUGCUAAUUGCUCACCAUCCUCGUUAGCCGAAGCUUUCCCUGCACCAUUGGGUGCCCUCUGGAAGAGCAGCUUGCUGAGAAGGACCAGCACAAAAUGCCUUUCUCUGUGCUGCAUUCAGGACAUCGACAUGCUUUGUUUGGUUGUUUUCACUGAACGAGGAACUUGAUUUGCAUGUAUAAAAGCCAGGUACAGAUGCCAACAGUGGAGUACGGCUGUGUUUUUCAUACUUGUUCAUUGAACCUGUAGAUCUUGGUGCAUUACUGCACCCGGCAUCAUUAGGGAUCGGGGGAGAGAGUAAUUGGUCUGUAACCCGUUUGCACUUGCUUAGCACACACUGCCAGGAAAGGGAAGAUGUAGAACCCUGUAAUCCUUAAUUGAAUCAGGCCCGCCACAAGGAGCCAGUCUCCAGAUGAAAAAAUUAGCUUCACAGCAGCAAGCAAAAUUGCUUUCAUCAAAACAAGGUUGGCUCAGUACGUAACUGGCACACCAGGAGUCGGAAAGGAGUGAGGGAGCUAUUAAAUUGAUUUCUUCUUCAGCUUGUGCAGGGAGCUUUCAUCCUAUGAUGAAGGCACUUUUAGAUCUUUAAGAGACGCAUGUGCAUUUUAUGUUGUUUUUGAAGACCUAUUAGUUUCCACAUUGGGGCAGUCCCUGUUUGAAGGAUGUACAUAGCACUUGCUGAAACCAAGGGAACUGUUAUUUUUUUUUCUUUUCUUUCCUCGAUGGAGGGGAGAAGGAAAGGAGUGAAACCAAAUCCUGCUCUGACACACCAGGCUGGUGGUUCACAGGGUAUCAUAUGAGCUCAAAUUCCCAAGCCAUGCAUCCAACCUUAGAAAAUAGCCCAAAGAUGCAGAUGCUCAUGGCUGUUUCCCACCCAACUGCAUUCUAUGAGGUCAUAUCAGUUUUACACUGGGGUUGGAAAAUCUCUGCCAAGAUGUGAACUGAAUAAUUGGGCUGCCAUUGUCCUACUACAACAUGUUGCAUCACUGUCCUUGGGAGGGAGUCUGGGUCACCAAAUUAAUACGUGUACAUGGAAAGGAAGCAUGAGUGCUUUCAUAGCUCAGAGAUCUCAACUUUUCCACUAACAGCGACUGGACUCUUCUUUCUUCCAAAUUAAAUUGUAGUUCUUUGAAGGGAAACAUCUUUAAUUUAGCAUUUUGGGUUUUUUUUUCGCUUGUUUGCUUGCUUGCUUAAGCAUCUCAAAUUCACUGCCAACAAACCACACUGAGCCCAGAAGAAUUGCAGAUCAGGACAUCCCAUUCCUUUCUGAGUUCUGAGGAGUGGUUUUUCCAUUGCAUACCUCUCCCCAGAGCUGUACCGUUGCCAUCUGAACUGGAUGCUGCCAAAAUACUUCCCCGCAUUCAGGACUGAGGACAGCACAGAGGACUGAAGUCAGUUGACAUGAGAUACUCAGAUAAAACUGAUGUGAAGGGUAGGUAUGUACCUAUGGGUUUCCAGCCUGUCAUGGUGUAACCACGGGUACCCAGCCUGGAAAACCUAGAACAGAUAGAUAUUUGUGAGGAUAGUUGUGCUGAUCCCCAUGGUCCUGAUAUUAAACUGCUGGCAAAACUCCAGGCUAGCCAGACUCGGGUCGUCUUUGUUCUCAUUAGGAUCAGAAAAUCAAUCAUAGAAUGGUUUGUGUUGGAAGAGACCUUAAGGAUCAUCUAGUUCCAACACCCCUGCCGUAGACAGGGAUGCAUCCCACCAAACCAGGUUGCCAAAAACCUCAUCCAGCCUGGCCUUGAGCACUCCCAGAGAUGGGGAAUACACAGCUUUUCUGAGCAAUCUGUGCUGGUGCCUCACCAGCUUAGGAGUAAAGAGUGUCUUCCCAAAAUCUAACCUAAAUUUCCCCUCUUUUAGUUUAAAACUGUUCCCCCUUGUCCUACUACCAUGUAAAAUGCUGAUCUCCAAGUGUCUAUGCUACAGCGAAAUAUCAUCAGCAGUCAGAGUCAAGUGCCAUGAUAUGUUCAAAGUCCUUUUCUAGCAGCCAUCCAAGUCCCAAAAUGCAGAGAAACAUCCCCAUGGGGCUCUCAGAGGCAGGGACUUGGUGCUUGGUGCUGGUUCUGCUACUCUGAGUACUUCCAGAGCUGGGUUAAGACUCCUGCAAAAGGUGCUGGAGGACUCCCACAAGCAGUGCCAAAUCUGGCAUACCAGCAACAGAGGAAUUGAAGCACAAAGCUGUUGAGAGUUAAGUGGAGUACCGUUGCUGGCAGUAGGAGGUGGUCAGUGCCUGUGAGCCUGAGACACCGUGUGCAUUUUUGUUCUGUGUUGUUGGUUUUUUUUUUACCUUCCUUCUCCUCUCCCUGUGCUUGUGAUUCCAUCUGCAGGAGGAACUUCUGCCUUUUAUUUACUGCUCCUCUUUAUUUGCAGCCCCAGGCCAAUCUGGGCCAGCACCAACCACAUACCAAAGCCAGCAGGAAUGGUUUUGCCAAAUAGAGACAUGACAGGGAGAAGUUUGGCUGCUUAUUUACACAUGUAACAAGGUCUUCUGCAGCCCCUGAGCUGAACCGAGAAGCUCCUUCAGAACUCAACUCCAUUACAAUUGGUUCAUCACCACACACCCAACUGCAUCACCAACCAUUAGGCUGUCAAGGGUUGAUGAAGAGACAAAGUGAAUGUGCUGUGAUGGGCACAGCAGAGCUGCCAGCCCAGCUGUGUUGGCUUCAAAUUUUGGAAGAAGAGAGGAGUCAGUGAUGAAAUCAGAGCUUUUCUCUCUGGGGAUCUGAGCAAUCAAGUGAAUGAAAGAAUUUCUCUGCCCUUUCUGGCUUUUGGAUCAGGCCCUUGUUUAGGUACUUAGUGCAGGAAUUUGGCCGGGUAGCAUGGCCUCCUCUACUCUGAAUGUGAUUUUCAUCCAACUCAUCAGUAAAAUGGAGUUCAAGGACCUCACUGCAGUCCCAAAUGACUACCCAAAUCAUUCUGUCCCAAAGCAAUGCUGAAUAAAUGACCCAGUGCUCAGAGCUGUUGCUGCUUCUCACCAAGCACGAGCCUGACCAGUGGGACAGGAGCAACUCCAGUGAAUGCAAGUGAGUUAUUUUAGUGGAAAAGAUGAUUAAGAGUCAUUCCUGGAUGCUCUAUGCUUCUUAGACAUGUCUGAGGAUAAUGAGUUUGGAUCCCAGAACUAUUUAAAGAAAUGACACCAAAUUCUCACCCCUCUUGCAUCCCUCAGUUCAUGACAGUGACUCCUGAUUUACACAAGCUUGAAACUGGAAUUUGACUUUAGAAUAAUUCCUUUACCUUCAGCCAGGAACUGCUUACUCCCUUUAAUUAAAAUAUAAAAAUUAAAUGACUUUCUCAAAGUCUGGAGGUGCAAGGUGCAAUGCUAACAUUAGGCUGUAGAUAUUUCUAUCCAGCUGAGAUCUGUAUGGCUCUGUGGCCCUCUGAUAAGCAGUGUGAAAUGAGAAUAUAACCGUAUUUAGGGCUUGAAAAAGAGCAGUAAAGGAAUUCUAGGCUAUGACAGAAUUUUAGGGCAUUAAUUUGAAACUGUUUUUUUAAAACAGGACUAUAUGCAGCAGCAGCAUUGUUGCAGUUUUGGAAUGAAAAAAGGGAUUCCAAACAAGCUCAGAAGAUGAAAUAUCUGAUGUUUAUUUAUUUGGUUGGGUUGGAUUGCGGUGGGUUUUAUUUUUGGCUAAUCAAUGGGCAGUUGCCAGUUGGUUUGUAGAAAGCAAAAUGAAGUUACAAAGAAAGCUGAGGAGUGGGCAUUUCUUGGCUCCAUUGCAGGGGCUGAAUGGUUUCUUUGUGAUCACCAUCUCCAUUUCUUUUUCCAUCAGCAUGGUGUUUAAACAAGGCAAAAAACAAACAAACAAACAAACAAACAAACAAACAAAAAAAACCCAUAGGGUUUUUGAAGGAAUGAUAUACUUUUGGGCUAGAAGGGGGUCUCUCAGACCUGGGAGUAUCAACAUGUGUCAUUAUGAAGCACAUUUCAUUCUGUCUGCACACAAGUUCAUGGUAGCACUUGGUUUGGUUAAAGGUCAUUGGGAACACGUGGUAUGAGAAGCAUAGAUCCUGACAUCAGCCCAUCUUCCCUGCAAGGUGAAGGGUCUAAACCCUCUGCCUGUGUAAAACACCUUCCUUUGCCAUGCCCUGGCUUCUCAGCCUUCAGAUAGCUCAUUGGGCUGAAGAAGGGGUUGGACUGGACACAGCUGUCUCUGCACCAAUGGUGAAAGUGCCAAAUUCUUGGCAAUAAGGACCACAGUCCAGGGCUCCAUGACUCUCCAUGCAACUUUGCACUUUUCACAUACCAGUAUUUAUGGUAGAUGGGACCAUAAUGCUUCUCAAUUGUAGAUGACUCUAGUGGAGCAGGAGACCAAGCCUCACAUAUAUGUAUAUCAGUCUGGAGUGACUCUGGUGCAGUUGUAACUAACUGGUGUUACAAGGAAAAGAAUUAAGUCCCAAUCUGGUAAUUGGUGUCAGACAUCCCAAAAUCCAGAGCAGCAUAGAAUUCAAUCUGUUUUCUUUCAGUCGAUAAGCUUUUACCCUGUUCCCAAACCCAAUAUUCAUACACUGGUGUGAUGAAGUACAGUUACAACUGAUGUUGUUAUUUCCUCUAGAUAUCUAUAAAGUUACAAAACUUGGCUUUCCUGGGCCAACAGAUCAUUUCUUCCACCUCCUUUUCUCUGGAAGUCCUCUGUCUUUGCUCCUCUGCAUGGUGUUGCAUUGUGUUGAAGGGCCCUGGGUUCAAAACCCUACUUCUUUCUAGCACACUGCAGAAUCACGGGGAUAAGAUAGUCAUUGGGACUGGAAGCUGUUUAGCAGGUCUCUAAGGGAAAUUAAUGUCUGUCAUGUUCUGAGGGCCAGGCCUUUAGGACUCCCAGAUUGGCGUCAGUAGAGCACUUGGCGGUUUAUACCCCAGUUUUGUGGAUGUUGUAAACUUGUACGUAGAGGAAAUCUGAAGAGCACAUUUAAAAAGCAAAAAGUCACACGUUUUUUAUACUCUGUGGAUAAUAAACUAAGCUAAAAAAAAAAAAAAAAAAAAAAAAAACUUUUGAAUUCCAGAGCGCAUUUUUCAUACUCUGUUUCAAAAGCAGCUCAGGCUGUUCUUGUUCAGUAGCUGGUGCCAACAGACUCUUCGGUGACUCUGACAACUCAUUCAGACUGUAAGCCCCCUCCUGUUCUGCCCUCCUGUAAAUAUGCUUUGACAGAAAAGAGUGAUGAAAACUGGCUACGAACAGGGAGUCACUGUUAAGCCACAUUUCUGUGGAUUUUUAUGUACCUAGGUGCUCGUGAUGUAUUUGGAACAGGCCUGCUUGCUCGGCACAGGUAAAAUCUCCACCUUGUUUCAUGGCCUUUUGCCUGAUGUUAUUUAUUUUGUUCUGACUCUGUACAAAUGCAAUGAAAUGGCUAUUUUUUUUCCUUUGUACUUGGUUCAUCUCCUUGCUUCAGAGGAGGUUCUUCUCUGUGGUUGACACUGCUGAAAACAAGCAAUAAAACCAUUGUGAAGAAGUCAUGUCUAA